AUGGUCAAGCCUUCGCCGCAAUUGUGCGCCCGCCUGCGCUUCACCACCAAACAGGUCGGCCGUGGAUUCUACCGCGGAAAUCGGGCUGGAGCAAUGGGUGCUCACACCGAAUUCGGGCGAUAUGUGAUUGACUGGCGGAAGACGGUGCAUUGGAAUAUGCCCGAGAUCAAAGACUUUCCACUCACGCCCUUCGUGACGAUGGAGAUGGAACCGAAAAGCAGGGCCGAGGAUCGCCCCGACGGGACCACGUACGUGCCGCAACGGGUCGAUGCACUCGAGUUCCUGAGGACCUGGAAAAAGAUCAAUCCCCUCGAGUAUGACGGCAUUGUGGCUCAUCAAGAAGAGGAGCGUCGACGCUUUGCGGCCGUGGCGUCAGAACAGAAUCGCGAGGCGGAGGAGGAGCAGGAGCAGGCACAGCAGGAGGCCCAGCAGUGGGCCCGAGAACAGAUUCAUCAACAAAGUCGUCGAUCGACUCAAAAACAAAUACAACAGCAAACACGAUCUAUCCACACGACCAGGAGACUCGGGAUGCCCGCUCAGCCUCCUAGCCCUCAAGAGCCAACAGAACAACCUUUGAAGGAGUGGAACCAAAUGUCAAGAGCAGAAAGGAAGGGCCUGGUCAACAAGGCCACCACGUCGGAGCUCCGCCAGCUCAGAAGAGAGCGCAAGGGUCAGAAAAUCACACAGCAGGAGAAGAAAGAGACCAAGAGAGAUAUCAAAGGCCGGCUGAGACGAGAGCUCAUUGGCGAAGGGAUAUUCCAGGACGAGAAGCAGCUUCAGAAACUUCUGACCGAAGAAGGCCGUCGGAGGAAGCAAGCCGGUCUCCCUCGUGCGACGGACGAAGAAAAGACUCGUUUUCUGGAGGGUUUGCAGCGGAAGCCCGAGUCACCAGGAUUGUUCGGCAGGAUCUUUGGUGCGAAGCAAUGA